UACAGAAUUUUAAGCAAAAUCUAGUUUUUUUCACCAUGACACUCUGACGCAAUAAAUAGGUUAAAAAUUUAUCCACUUAUAAAAACGCUAUGCAAUGUGUAAUUGUGACAGUUUAGAUACGCGAAAGAGAAAAAGGGUUAUUGGUGUGCGUUCAAACAGGAAGCUUUCGAAUAUACCAAAUGGAUCCAUAUCUUUUGCGUAAUACGAUUCGAAAUGUCCUAUGCGUACUAACCAUCCAAAUAGACUUAAAAAAGAUUUUCAAGAGGCAAUCAAUAAACAUGAGUGGAGAAGUGCAUUUUUCUGAAAAUAUUAUGCAGAGUGUCGCCUUUCCCUAUGUAGCGGUAACUAGAAGUAACCUAAUCACAUGAUUACUCUAAUCUGUCUGGUAUUAUAUUAAUAUAAUAUUCUUUUCUUACAGAGCUCUCCUUUAACACAGGAUACAUGAAAAGUGACUGAUAAUUCCAGCUUCAACAAGACUCUAACAACAUUAAAUAAAGACGAUACUUUACAUGUGACAAUUUUGUUAAAGGCACAUCGUUAUUCAUGAGAUAUUUUACAGCUGUUAUCGUAAUAAGAAACUUUGGGAAGAUCUGAUUAUAAGCUUAGCUUUUACUGAUUUUACUAUCCAAUAUUUUAGUUACAAAAACAAGAUAUACUUUGUAGAGUACAUUCAUUAUGCUAAUAUAAUUCAAAGUGUAUAGGAGUGUGUUUGGGUAUAUUAAAAAACUAAGCAAAAGCGAACAAUACGGUAUGUUUUAAGAUAAGAUGCUUAUGUCAUUAUAUAUUAUUGUUAUAUUAUCAGGUCAAAUUAUAAUACUUUUCAAUAACUGGUGCCUUUUGUUCGUUUCCAGUAAAAUGAAAUAAUUUCCAUAUAACAAUACAGUGGAAUUCUCCAAGUACGAUUGUUACUAGCAUAAAAUCGAUUAUUUAAUUUUGCCUUGCUUUUUAAGAAUCGAUUUCGCAACAAACAGCUCUCAAAUCCAUAAAAAACAGAGGGAUGAUUUAUGAUUCAGUCAAGAAUUUAUCGAAUGCUCGCACCUUCUCAUAAAAUUUUAUGAUAUUUCAUGUAAAAUUAAAUGCCAUAAAAUUAUAUUAAAAAAAUUAAAAAUAAUGGAUAGAACUUGCUCGUGCCUAUUAUUUACCGUACUGUUGGGUAGAGGCUUGUAGAAACAGUAAUAGAAUCAUUACUUCAACCCAGUCAUCUUAAGUUUGAAUGCUUUUCGAGUGAGAUUUACAAACCUAAUUAUUAUUGCCGAGAUCGAUGACAUCAGAGACAAAGUGUCUCAACAAUGAAGCAAGGGAUACAUUUCCCUUAAAAAGACAAUGGGAUAAAAAAUGUGCUAAAUUUUGUAUGUAUGUAUGAAAAACGGUACGAUUUAAAUGUAACCUGUAUCUAUUGUUGGCGUUUGGCUGGCCUUCGUAUUAGGGACAGGAGGAAACCGAGGGGCUACUGGAACUCUUUCUUGGACGACAGCUACAUCAGUGGCUGCAGACGAUUCAGAUGUGGUCGCGCUAAGUCCGCUUCUCGCUGAGCUGGAAUCAGUCUCAUCACCCGUCGUAAUACCUUGGGAGGAUGAUGACGAUAUUGAAACACCUAGUGAAUUUUUGGAUGAUGAUCGUGGAGAACACGAAGCAUUAAGCGGAAUGAAUGUGGCAUCAUCAGCGGAAAGUGCACAGGAGCUAAAGUGUCCUCAUUGCAUCUACAGUACCGACAACAGAUAUUACCUCCAGAGGCAUGUUAAGGCUCACAAUGAAGAAAAACGCCUGGUUUGCCAAUCGUGCGAUUAUCGAACUUCUAGAAGUGACCAUCUUCUCAACCACAUCCGGACUCACACAUCAGAAAAGCCAUUCGCGUGCUCUCUCUGCGAUUUUCGUUGUGCGCAAAAAGGAACCCUAUAUAAUCAUCUCAGAAGGCGUCACCAUAAGGAUCAACGUUGCAUCACGUGCGAGUAUUGUGGCUACCGAUGUGCUAUACGUGCAGAUAUGAACAAGCAUAUUCGUCGGGUGCACGAAGGCCGGUGUGUCCUUCUAGGCGUAUGAGCAGAAAGACGUUCUCUAAAGGCUUCGACAUCAUAUGCACUGCAGCUUGUAUAAUCUAAUUCCGCUUAUGCAGUAUCAGCAGUACAAGUAUUCGAAUUGGUUGAGCUUAGAAAUUGAUUUAACCUCCGUAAAGAUGAUGGCUACAGGCUCUACCUCCUCUGUACCCAGCCUGCCACUUUAUCUGUAAUGUUAUACCUGCCUUGGCAGUCACUUGAGCAUAGUUGGAACCACGAGAACUCGUUCUGAUACGGCAGGUACCGGGGCUUUUAUUGAAAAACUUAUGGUAAGAAGUAAGUACUCACUCGGCUUAACCAGCCGCUUCUUAGUAGUGAUUUAGGUACUAACAAAAUUAAAAGAUUUAUUUACGAGCCCACGCCGAAACAGUACUACCGUACUUACUCUUAAGAAACUCAUUAUUUAUAAAGGUGAUGUCUGUCACUUCCCAUAGCGACAGACAACAUUAACAAAAAUGUAGGAUUAAAUAAGAACCAUUGCAUUCAAUUACAAAGACGCACAAAGUGUUACGACCCCGUUUGUUGUAUUUCGGAAAAUCAGACAUUUGCAAUUUGCGUCAUACAUUAAAAUUCCGAACGGUGUUAGCAUCUUCGAGCAUCUUUAGAGUAGUUUGUAAAUGACGGUUUUUUCAGUGAUCACCGUAACUAUUAAUUCGAUCAAACACACGCGAACGCGAAAAGUUCGAAAAUUGUUUGUUUGCAGAGCGAUAUACUUUAACAGAUGUAAGCUAAAUGAAAUUACAUGGUGUUUUUUCAGGUUAAUAUAACUGUGCGCAUAGUGAUAUUCUGGCACAGUAACGACGCGGUGGUAAUACACUUUAAUCUAUUACAAACGCGUUCUGAAUUAUUCUUACGCCGGCUAUCGUUCGUUAAGGAAGUAUUUUCUAUUUAACGAGGCGGCAAAAUAAUUCAGAUACCGAUGCACUUUAAUUUCCUUUUAAUAAAUCCUACUUCUAUUGAGGGCUAAGCAGGCAGUAGCGACAACUAAGGCCCUUGACGUUUCUGUCUAUAACCUAUCAAGAUGACCCUUCUAAAAUAUGUUUGCAUUUACUUGUUCUCUUUCAAUCCGUUUGCUUUCUACCUAAAUGGCAUGUCUUUUGCCUCUCCACAUUCUGCAUGUAAUGCAAAUCUGUGAGUUGGCUUGUGCAGACGUCCUGCUGUAUGUCGUACAACUGCGGUUGCAAACGAACGUUUUGGGCUAGAAUAAACCGUUAUCUACUUAGCCUGUUACCUCAUAUAAAUGAUGGGGAAAGGCAGGAGCCAAUACGUUUCCUGAAGUAACUAAUAGUAUAUAAAGGGUAAGUAAUUCAAACUUAUUUAAAUAUUACGAUCUGUUCAUUUUAUAAGUAGCUCUUGUUAGGUCAGUUUUGCUAUUGCAGACAAUCAAAGUAUUUACGAUGUGUUGUGUAUUAUAUAAUUCAUGUCGUUUUGCUAUAGUUAUAUGCUGUAAAGUGUAAGAGUGCACAAAAUUUAGCAUAAAUGCAAUAGAUUUUCGUAUCCACUCAGCAUCGAGCUUCCUUAGCCAAUUAUUUGCAUAUUCUGGCUUGUUACUGUUGUCAUUUUACCAGAGAAAAAAGUCGACACUAGAAAGGUCUAGCGUCACACAGCGCGCGUCUAGUAAGCAUCCCCUCACAACAAAUCUCUUUGGCUUUAACAACUGUAAAGAACUCUUCAACGAGAACUACGCCUAUAAAUCUAUCUGCAUUAUGUCAUACGCCUGUCUGAAUGCGAAAGAGACAGUACGCAUUUGUAUCAUGUUUUCCCUAUUGGCUUGUACCAGGUCACGGCUUAAUGGCAGAAAUUCUUUUUCCUGACCAAGAAAGCUCGUAAACAAAGGUGACGAUGUUGUACUAUAGAGAUGCUCAUUUCUUUACCUCGAGAACGAAAUCCAGAAACUGCGAAGGUAUUUUUCUUCUUUCCUCUAUUAAAAUUAAUAGUGCUCUACUUAUUUAUGAGAAAGGCUGCCAACUGUUAGCUGUAAGUAGCCUAAUAGUAUUGUCUGCAGUCAUUGUCGAGAUUUCGGUUGAGCACUGCACCACGUCGUUGUCAUAGGGACUUAUUUUCGUUCCACGGUCGCGAUUUUCUCCACUGCAAAGGGUGUCGGCAUCAUCAACUUCUCGCAUUCUGGGAGAGGCAAACGUGGCGGCCUUUCCUUGCGAGGGCUGGGUAACGUCACCAGAUGCCGCAACACUGAAGGAUACUUGUCACAAAAUAAAUCCUUCUCUCAGACUAUGCUGCCAUACAGAAGCACAAUAAAGGAGUUUAACAGGCCAUUUCGCCACUGGUACAACUUGUCGUCGCAAUGGUACUUUUUUUUGGUCGCAAUAUACGCUCAAGAAAACCUCUACGGAAAACUAAGCAAUACAAAGGCGUGCAUCUACACUAGCACAAUUGAAGAGAAGACAUACGAAAAGAACAGUGAACAUAAAAAGAAGGAGUAUGCGGACCACUCCGGGUACAAAUUUAAGAUUCAAACGCAAUGUUCUUUGGAAAACUGCCUUAUUAUUAUUAUUGGUGACAGCAACGUUUUCACAAAAAGCUCGCGCGUCUGAGACGGCUACCAGUCAGGACAACAAUAAUGCCGAAAACGCGGAGCCAAGUGGAAACCCUAAUAACACAAGUGACGAACUCGAGGAACGGUUUGCCUUGACAGGUCCUGUGCAAUUUCCAAAGGAGGACCCAGAUACCUGUGUAUCUCCAGAGGCUCUCGACGGGCUGUGCGUUGAGAUCAAGUUCUGUCGCCAACUUCGUCGCGUUGGGUUAAAUGAUCUGAGAAAAUAUAUUUGCGGCUUUCAUGGAUCAACGCCACUGCUAUGUUGCGCCGGACUGCAAAAAUCAGGUCCUUUACCUCGGCCGCAGCCGGGACCAGAGUCUAAACCUAAUGGCCUUCAGCGGCCUCCGAGACCACAGUUCCUUCCACAGAACUGCGGUGUUGGUGCUCUCCAAACGAACCGUAUCGUUGGUGGACGUGAAGCUGUUCCUGGUUCAUACCCAUGGAUUAUCGCUGUCUUCGUCGAAUUUAAUAACCAGAAGAUUCACAUUUGCGGUGCCACCCUCGUUUCUCAGAGGCACGUUGUGUCGGCCGCGCAUUGUUUCUUCGAUGGGAAGCAUCCUCUACCUUACAACAUUUUUCGAAUGAGGAUAGGUGACUACGAUAUAGAUCGAAGCGACGAAGUUACGGGUACACUCGAGCUAAACAUUCUUGGCUAUAGGACCCAUCCUGGUUACGUGCAGAAAACUUACUUGAAUGAUAUUUCGCUGAGCUUUCUAGUACAGGAUGUGUUAUUCACUAAGACAAUUGGACCCGUUUGCCUGCCCUACACUGGUUUCGAACAAAAUCUCACUAACGCAAGAGCUAUCGUGGCUGGUUGGGGUUACACUAAGUACCAAUCAGGAAAAAGUAACUCAGUCUUGAAGGAGACCGAUAUUCCUGUCUGGUCGAUGGAAGCCUGUGCUAAAGCAUUCAAAAACGAGCUCAACAUUACCGAUGACUAUCUGUGUGCAGGAGACGGAGAAGGAAAAACAGAUUCCUGUCAGGGUGAUUCGGGCGGGCCACUAAUAAUGUGGGGCGAUGAUGGCCGUUAUUACCUUAUGGGAAUUGUGUCGUUUGGUAAGAAAUGCGCCACGCCUGGAUAUCCUGGUGCCUACACCAGGGUCACUAAACAGCUCGAAUGGCUUAACCACAACUUUUAAUGAAAAAACCUCGUACACCAGAUAAACUUGUUUCUCCUAAGACGAUCAGAGUACAUUACGUUAUUAUGUCUUAUUAAGGCCUCCAGACCUCCACCGACUCGAGGACUGAGGCCACAAAGAAGAAAGUUCUGAUACAAUUAAAUACAUAGUGCCGCAACUGAUAAAGAGUCAGCUUCAAUGUACACAUUAGUUGGUCUAUGAAUGCAAUAUGUUUUGUUAUUAUAAUUAUUUUAAAUUUUAUUUUUUUACAAAAUUAUAAUUAAAAAAAAAAUAUAAAAAUAUA